UUAAAGAGGGAGUAAUAAGAAUAAGGCCAACAACACCGCUAGCACCUCUCUCAUCAACAAAACCUAUCUUAUCUGUUUUGCUCGCCUCGCCGCAGCAUCCAUUCGAUCGGGAUGGCUGAAGCUGGAAAGUCGACGAAGCAAACACGCGAUAUUCGCCCCAUCACAGAUCUUAGUCGAUUAAGCCCUCGCGUCCCUACACUGCGUACGGUUAAUGGACGCUAUCCUAAAGGGGCAGCCAUUCCAUACGCAAAGUAUGCCUUGUCAAGUUUCAAUGAGAAAAAUCGGGAUCAACAGGGCCCUGAGUAUGAGCUUGUUGAUGAUCGUGGCUGUGUUUUUCAGCCCAGAGCCUGUGUCCUUCAUUUGAACUUCAUAGCUAGGCCGAAAAACGGUACUGAAGCUGAGAAUAAACUCUGUUUUGCUGAACUGAAGUUUCGUACCGGGGAGGAUUAUAAGUGUAUUGUCCGCUGCACCAUAUGCUGCAUCUUAGGUCCAUGGGAUCCUGAAGCGCAUCUUGAACCGGUUCUCACCUUUUCAGAGACAGGGCUUCAUGGCUGCAAUUUACUAUGUAAACAUCAUCCCGGAGUCGUACAGCAUCCUCCUGAUGGUGGAUUCACAAAAGUAGUUAACUGGAAUGUCUGGAAGGGUAUUGAAAAAGAGGACACUAGCUCAUAUGUUCCAUUUCGCUUUGCAACAUAACUUGGUAACUGUGGGGGUAAUAAAUAAAUGUGUGAGACAUUUAGCCAUGUGAUAAAUAAAUUGGUAGCUUCUGAUUAUUCUUGUUGCUAUUUAACUGUGUGAGAUGUUUACUUUUUGUGUUUUAAAUUAUUAUCCAUUGACACUGCAAAGUUGUAAAAGCAAGUCAUGAAUCACCGCACAAUUCAGCUUCGACCAAAUCUCAUACUAUAUACAAAGCAGCGUGGAUAAUCUGUCCAACUUUGCGCCAAAAGAUACGGGUGAAAAUCGGCAGAAUAUGGGUCAACCCGGUUAAAAUAAUUAGGCUACGAAGAUAUGAGUGCAUUGAGCUGCAUUGGAAGUCAGAAAAACUUUAUUGUUAUUUCAUAUUUCCUAUCCGUCUUCUGAAAAGAAGAUAAACAUUGGGUGAUUGCCGAUUGGCAGUCCGUGGAGGGCCUGAGGAGGCUGGAGCAGAGCAACAGGCAAGUGGUUGGACCGUUGGAGUGUCGGACCAGGAGUCUUGGACUGUGGGCGAUGCCGUUGACUCGGUCAGCAAUUCGGUUGGGCCGCCUGUCCUGGGAGAGUAGGCUGGCUACUGGUAGACGCAGGCGGCAGUCGAUGAGAUCGGUAGAAAAGUUCCGUUGAUGCUAAUUGAAAUUCACCUCUGGUGAUAUCUAAUUUGACGAUCUCUCUGGUGGAAACCCUUGACGGUGAAGGUAACGACCAUGGCUCCCUCAUAAUGUUCCAGCCGACUUUGUCCGGCGAGAGUGAGAAGAAAUGGAGAUGAAUGUGUUCUAUACUUCUAUGUAUGUGGUAUCAUAACAAAAAAUGGCAUGCCUUAUUGAUGGGUUUUGUUUUUUAUUUUAUAGAUAAGUCCUUACAAUAUUACAAAUAUCUCUCCUUAUGGCCUGCUUUCUAUCGUGACUACCAGACUACGCAAUGUGUUUAGCUGAUUCUAUUUCGAUUCAGUUUUGCAGCUUUUGUUUUUUUCAUUUCUAUUCAUUUUGACAUGUUCAUCAUUUUUCUUUUCAAUGGAGAUGAUGUCAACUACUCCGUAUA